AGGAUUUCAUCAUUUCGGUGGUCGAAAGUUCUAACUACUGAAGCUUAUUGUAGAAUCAGGUUGGUGAGAACUUAGAAGAAGGGUGAGAGCAAGUCCUUGUAGCGGGUCUUCGAUCGGGACUCUCGCAUCAUGUAUUGAAUCCCAUGCUGUGGCGUACAUUAGUUUUUCAUGGGGUCCCACUUCAAAGCCCGUGGGGGUCACAUUGCAGCUUCGCUAUCGAAAUGCGGCAUCUGAGCAUUCACACGAGCGGCUCAUCGUACGGAGUGGGAAGGAGCGUGGAGCCCCAAUUGAUCAAGACCUUUGAGCAAUAAGCUCUUUCUACCUCAAUUCGCCGAGUCCGAGUCGAGAAUUCUCAAUGAGUUUAAUCCUUCACGGUCACACCGCCGCUUAUAUGCAUUUUUUGAUCACAGCAGCUGACCUUCUUUGAAAUCCAAGCAAUUCUGUUGUAACUUGAAAUCCGGAAGAUGCAAUCGGGUUUCCGGUCGAAGCCGUGUUACUACGGGGCUCAAGGAUGGAAUUCCUAUUGAUGUUCCACUCGAGGGCUUUUUGAUGAUUCUAUGACAAACGCUUAAGGCAAUUAUCAUGCAUGUUUCAAGUAUGGGGGAACCCAUGUUACAAAGUAUAAUAUGAGGGGUAAAAGGGAGCAGGCUUCAUGAACAAGUACGGAUUUAUACAUGGCUAAGAUCAACAUCGAGCUAGUAUACAAGGAUGCCAACGAGCAUGAAAAUACCUUCAUGUUUCAUGUUUUGGGACAUAUCUCGGCUCAAGGGACGGCAAACAAGGAAUAAAGCUCAUGGGGGGCAAUCUCACAUGAUUUACGUUAAACCACAAUCCCCCACCUUCCUCCUGAGGUACUUGUUUCCCCACGAGCUUCUAUUUGGGUAAUUUCUUAGCUCUCUCUCUCUCUCGAGAUGGGGUAUCAAAUUCCCAUUUUUGGGAAACCCAAUGUUUUACCGCAUUUGGCAAUGUCGACAAAUUGCACAAGUUUUGAUCUUCCAUGUUGGCUCAAUGUUCGAGACGAAUCUCUAAUUUUUGGGAGUUGUUUUCUCGACAUGCAACAGCCAACCGAGCACCAAUUUAUCAUCUCUCAAUAUAUAAACCUCACAGAAAGCUCUAGUAGUAACUUCUGGACAGUAGGCAAUGAGUGCCCAAUCAAUUAUAACAUAAUCAACCCCUCCUUCCCAUGUCCUUCAAGCAGGAACGUUCAUUAUGCAGGACAGCAAAAUGUGGGGUAAUAGUCAGUCGUCAUGUCCCGUCAGUGUUAUUAUCCGAUAACGCAAUUCCAUAUCAGUGACAUACACAAAGAUAAAGUUACUUCUCAGCUUCUUGAUACCUCAUGCUUUCUCGUUGCAACCUUGUUUUGAGAUCUAAUUCGACUUUUCUUCCUUCUUCAAAGUUCUUAGCGAAUAGCCUUCUAGUAAAAAACGGACACAAUUACCAUAAAAUGGCGUCAAUCAUGCAAGAAGCAAAUCGUUUGAGAAGGGUGAUGGGGGAGGGCAAGGGACCGGCGACGGGCUGUUGGCAGAUGAUUCCAGGGGCCAACGUUUCGAGGACUUUGGCGAGGACAGGUGUUGAUUGGGUUUUGGUGGAUUGCGAGCAUGGGAAUAUAGACGAUGCCGCAAUGCAUGAUGCAGUUCCAGCAAUUGCUGCGUGCGGGGUGAGUCCGAUAGUUAGAAUUCCAGAUAAUCAAGGAUGGAUGGUUAAGCGUAAGUCAUCAAGACGCAUUGCAGGGCUUUGGACUGUGGUGCGCAUGGUGUACUUGUACCUCUCCUAUACAACAGCCGAGGGAGCUGAACAGCUCGUGAAAAGUGCUAAGUUUCCGCCUCAAGGUCAAAGAGGUUUUGGAUCACCUUUUCCUCAUGAACGCUUCAACCCCGAAUUGAACUCUGAUGCAUAUCUGAAGCAAGCCAAUGAGAGUAUUCUGACCAUGGUACAAAUCGAAACCAAGGAAGCGUUGGAGAAUGUCGAUGCCAUUGCUGCUGUUCCUGGUAUUGAUGUUCUUUUCAUUGGUCCUUUCGACCUUGGCAACAACAUUGGCCAUCCCAUCGUUGCAGGACAAAUACACGAGAACCUUCAUGCUGCAAUUUCAAAGAUCUUGAAGGCGGCAAACACAGCUGGAAAAAAGGCCGGUAUCUUUUGUACGAGUGGAGAACAAGCGAAAGGGUACGCAGAUCAGGGGUUUCACAUGAUGAGUGUUGCAACAGAUAUGCAUAUUUUACCACAGGGUGUAAUCGCUGCCGUGAACAAGGCAAAGGGUCAAGAAGAUGGCCCCAAAUUGACUGGUCCUUACGGCCGAUAGACCGAUGAUUGGUGUACAUAUACUUAAUCAGAACCGUGCGAAGAGGCCUUCGGGUAUUAGAAUAGAUUGUAGAGGUACAGUUUCGGCAGAUAUCAAACAGAGCUUUUCCCUUCCACUUCAUCCAUCUUUGCCUUGACUUCCUCCUCGGUAAAUCUAUGCAUCAGCUUUCUUGCUUUAGAUGCCAAUUCGGACUGUUCCUCCCCAGCAUCCUCCCUGCUAACAUGAAUCACAGGUGUAUCAAAUUCGUAUAAAUCCUUCCAGUGCUUUUGUCCAUCUUCCAUGACCGCAAUCUCUCUAUAUACAAAUGGUCUUGUGUCUCGAACUUUAAAUAAUGUAUCUUUGGCGUUGGUACAGAGUGAACAAUUAGCUCUUGUGAAAAGCGUGAUUCGACAUGCUUGGAGUAAUCGUUUUGUUGGAAACAUAUCGAUUUAAGAUGCCAAUUUCUUAUAUUUCAAAGAUCUCUUGAUAUGAGCCUCCAGAUCAGUUUGAUAAUAGCUCAAUAAGGAUG